UCCUAUGCACCAGCUCCCCACCCCAUGGCUCCUCCCAGCCCCAGCACAAACAGCAGCAGCAACAACAGCAGCAGCAACAGCAGCGGGGAACAGUUGAGUAAAACCAACUUGUACAUUCGAGGCCUUCCUCCAGGCACGACUGACCAGGACCUAAUCAAGCUGUGCCAACCGUAUGGAAAAAUUGUAUCCACAAAGGCAAUUCUGGACAAAAACACGAAUCAGUGCAAAGGUUAUGGUUUUGUAGAUUUUGACAGUCCUGCAGCCGCACAAAAAGCAGUAGCAUCUCUCAAAGCAAAUGGUGUUCAGGCACAGAUGGCCAAGCAACAAGAGCAAGACCCAACAAAUCUAUACAUCUCAAAUCUCCCAAUUUCUAUGGAUGAACAGGAACUUGAGAAUAUGCUGAAACCAUUUGGUCAUGUCAUUUCCACAAGAAUACUAAGAGACGCUAAUGGAGUCAGCAGAGGUGUUGGCUUUGCCAGAAUGGAGUCUACUGAAAAAUGUGAAGUGGUAAUUCAACAUUUUAAUGGAAAAUAUCUGAAAACACCACCAGGCAUCCCAGCCCCCAGUGAACCAUUACUGUGCAAAUUCGCUGAUGGAGGACAAAAGAAGCGGCAAAAUCAAAGCAAAUAUACCCAGAAUGGGAGGCCUUGGCCCAGAGAAGGAGAGGCUGGCAUGGCUCUGACCUAUGACCCCACAGCUGCCAUACAGAACGGAUUUUAUUCUUCACCGUACAGUAUUGCAACCAACCGCAUGAUUCCACAGACAUCUAUCACGCCAUUCAUUGCUGCUUCCCCUGUCUCCACAUACCAGGUCCAGAGUACUUCAUGGAUGCCUCAUCCGCCAUACGUUAUGCAACCAACAGGUGCUGUGAUUACACCAACAAUAGACCAUCCUAUGUCAAUGCAGCCAACGAACAUGAUGGGUCCCCUGACACAGCAGAUGAAUCACCUUUCAUUGGGCACAACGGGGACGAUUCAAUCCCAAGACAGGAUUAUGAUACUCCACCAGCUGUUGUGUCAGUAUAUGACUGCUGCUGCUCCUAUGCAAGGGACCUACAUUCCCCAGUACACGCCUGUGCCUCCAACAGCUGUUUCUAUUGAAGGUGUUGUUGCUGAUACCUCUCCCCAGACAGUGGCACCUUCAUCGCAGGACACCAGUGGUCAGCAGCAACAGAUAGCAGUGGACACGUCCAACGAACACGCACCUGCAUAUUCUUACCAACAAUCUAAACCAUAAACAGAACAGAAGAAUGUCCGUCUGAAAUUUUGCCUUGAAUGAAGAAACUUCACUGAACAAGAAGUUAGUUGGCUUCCAGUUUGCACAGGCAUCAAUGGAAGGCUUUUUUUUUAAUUUUAUAUCUCACUCAGUGAAACAAAAGUUUUUAUGUGCUGUGCAAAUGGUUCCUUCAUGUGGUCUGACGGUUUCUUUUUGCCACCUUUUUCUUUUUUACUUAAAGGAAAAGAAAUCCCAGAAGAGGGGGUGGGGUGGGUAUCAAAGGUUGACAUUAUAUCUGGAAGAGCAUUUGAAUUCAAAAUUUACCUGAAAGUAUAGAUAGAUUUUCUUCUUUUUUUUUUUCCUUCUAUUUUUUAACAGAAAACCUGAUGUCAAGAGAUGGGCAAUCCAAAAUGGAAGCAAAUGGUCUUCUUCAGUAAUUAAGCUACUUUUUCUUUUUCCCUUCCUGUUUAAACCUAGUGGGUUGUUUUUUCUUAUUUUAUUGUAUUUUUUUCUUAGAAAUAUUUAGGUAAGGUUUAUCUUGAAUCUUAAUUGCCUUAAUUUUAAGGACGUCAAAGGCUCUCAAGGCAAGCUGUCAACGUCUUGUUAAAAAAAAUAAUUCAAGAAAGAAUUGAAAUAUCGUGCCAGCUUUAACUGGUACAGAAGUUUAAGACUAUGAGUUUUUAGGGUGAAAAAAACUGUACAGUUUAAAAGAAAAUGUUUUUCUUCAUUUGAAGAAAAUUUGUUGAUAAAAGAAACCAUGGCAACUGCAAGAAUUGGGAAAUGCUGGGACUUUUCAUGAACUUUGUCUUAAGUGUUGACACAAAUCAUUCUAGAAGGCUAAAACAUUUUAUGGUAAAGUUAUUAACGUUGGUUUAAAAACAACUGCAUUAGAAAUAAUGCGUGUUUGGGGGGCAGAAUGCAGAUUUUUUUAUUUACAAAGCGUGAUUGCUAGCAAAAGCAUUAGUGCUUUUUAUCUGCAGUCUUUUUUAUGAGCUUUACAAAGUUUUUAGUCAGCUUUGCUUGUCACAUUGCAAAACUUAGCUAAGAGCAUUAAAAACAAAACAAAAAAACAUAAGUAGGUAGGAGCUUAUGGUCAAAAAGUGCAAAAAAAAAAAAACAAAAAAAGCAAUAGAUAGAGAAAUUGUUGACAAUUUCUGUAGUCUUUCCUAGUUGUGAUCAAAUUCAGCCUAUAGAUGGCCUAUUUUAUACCAAAGAUGAAGUGACACCCUAUUACAGUCCAGAAGGUAGAGGUUUUUUUUUUUUUUUUUCCUUUUCUUUUCUUUAAAAUUUUAUUUGACCUACAAUGGCCGGACCAGUUCUUACUUUGUUGUUUGUUUAAACUACCGUCCACUGGUGUUUUACAUACUGCAAAAAAAUUUUUUUUAAUGUACAUUUGUUUAUAAUAGAAGUUCGCACCAACUGUGUUCAGCAGUCCCAGCAUAAAGAGUUCUGGAUACCAAUUAAUAGAGCCGAGGGGCUUUUAAGUUUUGAGCUUCUCUGGUUCCUUGCUAGCUCUCUUCAAUGUGACACCUGUGUUAAUGGCCACCAAUAAGCCACGAGACAUGUAUAAGAGGCUGGACUUUCUGUGGAUUUUGAACUGAUGAUACUUCCUGAAGAUGGCCUGAAAGGUCUCUGAAAUCUCAUUUGUCAGAAAAGCUUAGUGAUACGGGUUGAAAUGGUGAAUGGUCUCCUGCAAAGGUCUCAUGGUAUUUGUAACAAUCGUCUUCCUUCCAAAUUCCAGUACCUCCUGGUUUUGUCUGCUCACCACAGUCUUCUCAUCAUCCACCAUGAAUGGCCACCUUGACACUGCAUUCGGGGAGGGGGCAUCUUCUUUUCAUCUCUUUUCAUGGUAUAUUCAUAUCUUGGUCUUGCCUGAAAGAAAGAAAAUAUACCUUUUUAUUUCAGUUUAAUUUUCUGAGGCAAGAAGUACCAAUAACAUUGAGGAUUCUCUUAGUGGGAUUUAGGGAAACUCUCAAAAUGCUAGUUGACAAUCAAGAAAUUGUAUCAUAAUUACCAAAAGAAUAAGUAUCAAUAAGUACCAAAAGAAGUAGAUUUGAUCAGUCAUUAAAGCCAAAGGAGAUAUUUAUAUAAAGAAUGGUGUAAAUUUGUAUCUAAAUUGACUUACCUAAAAAACAUCUUUACAUUUUUGGUUCAUCAAGUCAACAUUAAACCUAUACAAUUUAACCUGAAACUGAAGAAAAUGAAAUGGAAUUUUAUCAGUUGAGCUACUCACAAGAAGUGCAUUUUGGUUGAAUCAUUUGAAUCACAAAAAUGAAACUUUUUACAAAUAAGUACAGGAACUUGACUUUGUGCAGAAAGAAGAGGGCAAUGUAUAAGUGCACUAUGAAAGAACACAGAGUAGACUUUUAAAAACUCAAAAAUAUAAAAGGCAAAUCAUAUUUUCAGUAGGUCAGUAUGAAUAAGGAGUUUGACUCAUAUAAAAUUGCCAAUAUUCCACUAUUUAGUUGGAUCCUGGUUUUCUUAUUUGCAAGCCCAUGAUGGAAGCUCAAACCCAGAGUGACUGCACAGCUUUGUAGUCUCACCACUGGCAAAAGAUAACAAACUGUGGCAUGUGCUGGACAGAAAGUCAACUGAUCACACCCAUCUUAAGGGUUUUCCAUGCUACAGAGAGAACCCGAGAUUUAAACAUUCUUCCACUGUAUCCUCCAGCAUCCCAUGGACUGCCAUGUGGUAUUAUCUUGGAAAAUGAGCUCCUCAUAUUAUGGGGGUGGUACAAAAAACAUGCAUAAGAAGUACGUUUUCAUGCUCUUUUUCAUGCUCUGAAUUCUUCGCAUACAUAAGGAUUAUCCUGGGCAUAAUUCAUUUGAAUAUAAAACCAAUAUGCAUUCCUUUGUUUCUGUACAAAAAAUACCAAAAAUAUAUAUUAAUGUGAUACAAAGAAAGUCUCAUUUAUACAGUCAGCAAUGAGGGUAAGAGGUAGCUAACAUGUGGCUGAUAAAUGUGCCUAGGUAACUUCUUGUUUCUAUUCAAAACUGCUGCUUUAUUUAUACAUUUAGGUACUUUUUUUCGACUAUGAAAUUUCAGUAGUCUCAGGAAAUUAUUCUCCCUGUCAUUUUGUGUGCCUGUGUGUUUUGUGUUUGGAUUGUUUAUGUCAUAACAUUCUAUAAAAUAUGUUAUUUCAAACCAAAAAGAAACAAAAUGAUAAAAAAAUGCACAUGUCCAAAUUUGCCCCCCUUUUGUCAUUCUACCUAAGAACUGUUUUCAAGAAUCCAGUCUUGGGGUUUGGGGAGGAGCUAUUAACAGGUAAGCAGCAUUAAAUCGUAUGAAAAAUAAAACAACUCAAAGUAUGUGUUCAAAAUACCCAGAUAUCAGAAUCCAAAUUUAGUCAACAAUAUAUACUGUGGGAUUUUGAUCCUAUUUAGAACUAAAAUCCCUUUUGGAUGAAGUUAAUUUUCUUUGUAUUCUGAUUUACCAAACAUUUAUUUUUAUGUGUCAAUUUUUCCUUUUGACUUUAAUUGCCAUGCAUUAUCCUGCACAUUCGGAAACAAACUAAUACCACAAUCCAAAUAAGAGAAACACCUUCUCAUCCAAACUCUUUUCAUGUGGUCAGUGGAAGACCAGAGAUAAAGAGCAGAUCAUUUCCGCUAUGAGAAGCUAUUGUCAAGGGAUGCAAAGUGUGUAUAGGAACCAGAGGCUCCCGCUGCACAGCCAUAUCUUGGGAGAACAACAAAGUGCACACUGUGAGCUAAAGGUAAUCCUAGCAGGUGCUGAUGACAGUUUGUUUUUCAAUGUUGAUUUGUCUUUUACAUGGAAACUGAAAUAACAUUCUAAAGAAAAUCCUCUCCUUAACUUUGUGGUCAGUAUUAGUUUGUUUCCAUGGUAAAUUUCAACAGUUCAGACAGAAUAUUGUCUCAUAUUUUACUUUAAUUAAUUCUUUAUGUGACUUCAGCAGAUCUGCCAUCUUUAAAAGCAUAUGACUCCCUUUCACCACUUCCCUAAUGUAUGACAACCUGGCAUUAGAAGUGCGCUCAUGCUGUCCUUAGAGACAGAAGGUUAAGCCCUGAGGAAGGCUGGGUGGAGCAGGAAAUUCACAUUAUCUCACUAUGGCAAAAAAAAAAAAAAAAAAUACACUGCAGAAAAUUGCUUUAAAAAUUGCUUUCAGUUCAUGUAUAACCAAAAAAGUUCUGAAUUCUGGUUUCUUAAAAAAUUUUUGAAUAUUUGAGAUAUCUCUUCUAUGGCUAUGUAACAUUUACAAUGGCCUAAAAUCCCCAAUACUGAAAAGUGAGACUUGAGUUGAAGAGGGCCUUUGCAGUCUUCUCCAUGAUUGAACAGAAGUUUCGAUGGGCUGUCUACACAGAUCAUGCUGUUAAAAGAUCACAAUAUAUUUGACAAUUCAGUCUCACUCCUAAUUUGAGUGCAUGAAUCAUUGCAGAUGAAUUGAUAAGCAGAGAGAAAUUCUUAAGUGUUCUUGUGAUGUGUUUUUAGAUGAUUUAAAAUGGAACAAAAGGACAACAUUUUUGUAUAUGUACAAUAACAGUCAGCACACCGAGGAAUCACACAUCGUAAUACAGUGUGAUGAGUCAUAGACUCUUGAUCUGUUCUCUUUGACCUGAAUAAGGAGUAAAGGAUGGGAUCUUACUUUUCAUGCUGUUGUGGCUGGCGUGCUUCACAACUGUGAGUUUACUGAAACUGACAGCUUCUCACUUCAGUCUGAGGGAUUGGCAGCAUUUAAACAGGCUCAUUGCUUGUGCACACUGUACAUUUCCUGUGGCUAAGUGAUGAUGAAAUUUCAUUAGUGAAGAAAUUUGGCUUACAAAUAAAGUGUCCACUAUAGCAUUGGAAGACGGUCAGGUAUGACUGAAGAUUAAUAUUUCUUUCAAAACAUUUUAAAAUAUGGCAUUGGCCCCUUAAUUCAAACACUCUUGGUUUUGGCUUUGUGGAUUAUGUGUUCAGGAAAGUAUAAAAGCUCAGUGUUAAAUCCCCAAGUGUCCCCAAAGAUCUAUGAAGUGGGAGGAGGAGUUCAUGAUCAAUUAAUGAUUUCUUUUAUGUGUGGUUUUUACCCCAGAGUAUAAACACUCACUGUCACCAGGGGAAAAAAAGAUGGGUGAUCUCUCAAUAUUUAGCUCUGUGUAUCUUGGGUGGGAAAAUAAUGCAUCAGGAAAAGUUUCUUCUACCCAGGAAGCUCAUGGAAUCGAGUUUGUAACCGAGCUUGGAGCCUGCAGAAAGAACCACGAGGCCACUGAAUCACAGUUGAGCUUUUCCCAAAACUGCCCCAUUUCUGAGUUUUGCAGAAAUACUAUCGCUCUCAAUUUCUGAAGGGCUAAUUAUCCAUUUUGUGUAUGUUUGUCUUUUCUUCUUGAGAAUUAGGCCUUAGGCACUGUUUCCUUUCAUUAAUAUUUCACCCUGGGGGUGGAAAAAGAAACAAUUGGAAAUAAAAUUCAUAUUAGUUACUUAAUUCUAUUAUUACUUAAGUAUUGAUUUAUUGAGAGUUUAAAGUGAUGAAGAAAACUUGUACCAGUGCAUUAUAAACCCUGGGUUUUGGUAAUUCAUAAUAUCCUUUUCCCAUUCUCCACAAAUAAUUGAGAGUCGGCUGUAUUCUCGCGGAAUAUAAAAGAGAAUAUUGCGGCCAGGGACUGGGCUUCUCUCAGAAGAAAACUGUUUUGGUUUCACUCACUUUGCUGAAAGUUAAACCAGUUGAAAAAAUAAACAGAAUUUCUGUUAGGAGAAUAUAAUAGCUCUCAGUUAAAUAUACAUUCAUUCCUUUCCUUAAGUUUGAUGAAAAAAUGCAUUACUUUUGCUAUAUUUUCACUACAUUACUGUAUCAAGACUGAAUGAUUUGACACUGCAGUGCAAACUCUUAUGAUCACAAUUUUCAUAAGUUCAAAGUGUAACCUUAACGUUAUACUUUGUAUUUAAAUUCUCUGGUCUUAGAUUUUUAAGAAAGAUGCUCUGUCCUCUUCCCAAAAAUGUGCUAUUUCAUCAUAUACAAAACAAGGAGUUAUUUCAUACCUUUCAGGACCUAUAAAAAUAAUUUCAAAGAGAUACUUGAAAAAAAUUUCCCCAGUUUGCAAAUAAGUGCUUCCACUUAUUUAAAAAUAUAAUUGGAAUCUUAAUUUUUAAAAUAUGUAUAAAAGUACUCUAUGAGAUACUGAGUUUCUAAGGAAAAUGGGACACAGCUUCUUUUAAAACCCUUAUUUCAGGCCGUAUUCAACCUCAUGCGACUUCUGAAACAUCACUCAAUUUUAAACUUUAUUUAAAAACAUUUCUGUAUUGCUGUCUCUGUUAUGAAAAGUUCUGUAAUACGAUGGUGUUUCUGGUUUUAUUUUUAAUUGUUUCAUCUGUACCACAGUCAAAUUAGAUUCCAUAUUUUCCCUAUUUCUUGGGCUUUCUUUAAAUCAGUGGAUCUUAGGUUUAAGUUUCUGUUUUCUUUGAUGAAGCUUUCAAUAAAAAAUGAAAAUAAAAUCAUUGAA